GUAAUUUGUUGAUAUCCUGUUUGGUAGUCCUUUCCUAUUAGCUCUUUUCAUUUAACAGUUCAAGGGUACUUUUCAUUUAAAGCGUACUGUAACGUCAACGUGUUCAUAUGAAGGGCUAAUGGAAGACACACGGGAUCUGGCUGAACGCACCCCACGUUCAGAACGUAAGCGGAGGGAUUCAUUUGGGAUGUUUGAUGGCUACGAUAGUUGCAGCGAGGAGUCAACCAGCAGCUCCAGCUCUGAGGAUAGUGAGGAUGAAGUGGUGCCCUCCAUCCCUGCCAGUCUUCCCAUCAUCAAGAACAAUGGCCAGGUCUAUACCUACCCCGAUGGAAAGGCUGGAAUGGCCACCUGUGAGAUGUGUGGAAUGGUUGGAGUUCGAGAUGCUUUUUAUUCCAAAACAAAGCGUUUCUGCAGUGUUUCUUGUUCCAGGAGCUAUUCUUCAAAUUCCAAAAAAGCAAGCAUAAUGGCAAGACUCCAGGGCAAACCACCAACAAAAAAAGCAAAAGUCUUACAGAAACAACCUCUAAUGGCAAAGUUGGCAGCCUAUGCUCAGUACCAAGCAAGUCAACAGAACCAGACCAAAUCAAAAGCUGUGGUCACUGCUGAAAGCUUUGACUGGGGUCACUAUAUAUGUGGCAAUAACACAUCUGGUGCUCCAGUCAGCUGUUUCAAGCAUGCCCCUAUGGGGACAUGCUGGGGAGGUAUAGAGGAAGGUGUGAGAAUUGAAGUGCUCAACUCUGACACCAACCACUCCGCAAAGGUAUACUGGAUAGCAGAAAUCAUUAAGCUAGCAGGGUUCAAGGCGCUCCUGCGUUAUGAAGGUUUUGACAUUGACAGCAGUAAAGACUUCUGGCGUAAUAUCUGCAUCCCUGAGGUUCACCCAGUGGGCUGGUGCGCGUCUAGUGGAAAACCUCUUGUACCUCCAAAAAGCAUACAGCAUAAGUAUUCAAACUGGAAAACUUUUCUUGUGAAGCGUCUUACUGGAGCUAAAACACUGCCACCCGACUUUAAUGCCAAGGUCCAUGAGAACACACAAUUUCCUUUUAAGAAGCUGAUGCGGGUGGAGGUUGUGGAUAAAAACUAUCUCUGUCGGACUCGGGUGGCGUUGGUGGAGCAAGUAAUCGGAGGUCGCCUCAAGCUCGUUUAUGAAGAGAGCCAAGAUGGGUCUGACGACUUCUGGUGCCACAUGUACAGCCCUCUCAUUCAUAAUAUUGGAUGGUCACGCAGCAUUGGACACCGCUUUAAAAGAUCUGACGUAACAAAGAAAAUUGAAGGUCAAGUCGAUGCUCCGCCACAGCUCUUCCAUAGGGUUAGAGAUGUGGACCAAAGUGGGGACUGGUUCAAAGAUGGAAUGAAGUUGGAAGCGAUUGACCCCCUGAACCUCUCAGCUAUAUGUGUAGCCACUGUAAGAAAGGUGUUGGCAGACGGGUAUCUCAUGAUUGGAAUUGAUGGUUCUGAGGCAGUGGAUGGAUCAGACUGGUUCUGCUACCAUGGCACCUCACCCUCCAUUUUCCCUGUUGGCUUCUGUGAAAUCAACAACAUUGAUGUGACACCCCCUCGAGGGUACACUAAGCUGCCAUUUAAAUGGUUUGACUACCUCAGAGAAACCGGUUCAGUGGCUGCUCCUGUUAAGUUUUUUAACAAGGAAGUUCCAAAUCAUGGAUUUCGACAAGGCAUGAAGCUAGAAGCAGUUGACCUGAUGGAGCCACGACUGGUGUGUGUUGCUACAGUGACCAGAAUUGUACAUCGUCUACUACGGAUCCAUUUUGACGGCUGGGAGGAUGAGUAUGACCAGUGGGUUGACUGCGAGUCACCUGAUCUGUAUCCUGUGGGCUGGUGUCAGCUGACCGGCUACCAACUCCAACCUCCUGCAUCCCAGAGUAACAGAGAAAUAUCUCAGUCACUACCCAAACAGAAGAAAAAGUCACAGCAGUACAAAGGACAAAAGAAAAAGAGGAAGAUUCCGGUUGGUCGACGGCCCUUCAGUCAGGCAGGCAUGAGGAGGAGCUUCUCAGGGGAUGAAGAGCAGAGUCCACCCCCAUAUCAUGUUGAAGGGCCAGCUCAGCCCCAACUCCGACUCCAAGUCCACCAAACCCACAAUUCAGACUCCCUCCUACGAAUGAAAGAAGAGACAAUGGAGGUGGAUGAGUUCAACUUUUCACAGGGCACCUCUGACCAGGAGAGCAAUGGCUCUGGCACCUACUAUAUCAAACAGGAGCCCUAAGAUCUGAAGAUCAGAACAGGACAAAGAGGGAAAUGACAGUUCUCUGCAAGGAUCAAUCCAAACUGAAAUGGCACACAGAGAUGCAUAUUUCCAGUGGAGAAGUAAGGUAUUUUCUGCAGUCAUUUCUAAGUGUGUGUAUAAAGCCAAGUUUGGAAAAGCACCCAGGACUUGGUCACAAAUGUUUGACCGUUCUUCUUUUAUCUUCUUUCUCGUGUCAACUGUUUGAGCAUUAAAACCAAUGGUAAAAAUGUUUUUUUUUUUUUUUUUUUACCUUUUUCUGUGUAAGUGGAGCUCCUCUGUACUUAACGUCGCCCUAGACCUGUAUAAACUGUGAUUUUUGUAUGGGUGGGCUGGGUCUUUGCUUGUGUUGAUUUGUUUUCGGGUAGGUUAGCCACUGAACACGAACAUUUGUUUUAAUAAUUUGUCUGAUAUUAAAAGCUGGCACAAAUAAGAAUAUAUAUAUAUAUAUAUAUAUAUAUAUAUAUAUAUAUAUAUAUAUAUAUAUAUAUAUAUAUAUAUAUAUAUAUAUAUAUGUGUGUGUAUGUAUGUAUAUUUCUGAAUUCACACAGGACAUAGUUGAUCUAGUACUUGAAUCAUUUUUGGUUUUUUUAUGUUGAUUUUGGUUAGGGGUUUGUCUUAUAGUAGGUUUUACACAUGAUUUUGGUGGCUGUGUGGUGAAAAUAUUGUAAAUGAAAGUGGUUAUAUUUAUAUACUAUGUCAAUAAUUAUUAAACUAGAAGUGCAGGGUGUAGGUGUGAAGGAUGUUGGUCAUACAAUACAAUGCUGCAUAGAAUAAUCAAAAUUGUCAUGGAAUGUUUCUUCUGUAAUCGUUUUUCCAGAGAAACGUUUAUUUUUUGUGUUCCGCCUUUAGUAAUGUGUUCAAUAAGAUGUCCCCUGACUCACCUGGCAUGUACCCCUCGGAACCAACGGAACAUUGUUUUGCUUGACAUAUUAUCAAUGCCACCAAUAUGUCAUCUCUUUUUGCUUUUUGCUCAACUUUUUCAUCCUGUCCUAUUGGUCUAUUGAAAAUACCCACCUGGUUAGUUUGCCAAAAGAGUUGGGAAUUUUGAUUCUUUCCUGCUUUUGAAACAUGUGAGGAACCAAGAGAAUUGUCAACCGUUGACAUCCAGAACAGAGGCCUCCAUUGCACCAUUGGUGGAAUAUGGUCACCCAGAAAUGGGAGUAGUUUUACUGAAUGUUAUUCUUUUUGUAUUGCUUUAGUUUCAUAAAUUCACCAAGACGUCACCGUCAUCAUGCCUCAAUACUGUAGAUGGGGCAUCCCUCCCUCUCAAAUACAGGAACCUGCAGUCACCCUUACUCCAUGCCACACCUCACCAUUUCAGAUGACCUGUAGAGAUAUUUCUAUACACGUAUUGUCACACACUUAACGGGGGAAUCAUUAAUGAAUAACUCUCGGAUUGUUUUAUUUAAUUGUGUGGGCAGCAGUAUGUAGAGCAGGUCAUCCAGAAACUGAAGGGUUGGUGGUUCGAAACCUGAUUCGUCUCUCCCUAGUUACUUGUAUUGUGUCCUUGGGCAAGACUAUUCAUCAACCUUGCCUCAAGUGUAUGCAUACUGGUGUAUGAAUGUGAAUAAAUGUUUGGUGGUAGUGGGCCAGGCUGUUUGCUAUUAAUGAGCAUCCAGGUUUCCGGCAGUCCACCCCAGAAAAGCUGUUGCUAGUGGAGUAGCUUACCACCAUCAGUGUGAGACUGUAGAGGGAAUAAAAAUGGGUUUAGUUUGUUCUGUGAUGGAACUUGUAACUUUAGUAAUCUAUUAUCUAAAAUCAGUUUUGCCAUUGAAAUGAACUGAAAAGUAAUUGUUCCGUUCGGCCUCCCCCCAAACAUCACAAUUUCAACAUGAAACAAUCUUUUUUAUAAGAAAAACUAACUUCUAUAGACAUCGAUAGAUCUUGUAUGAAAAAAUUACAAUACGAUACACUGUAGUAGUUUUAUGAAAUGAUGUAAUUGUGUACAUUUGGUUUCUCCUGCUAGCUGCUUCUCCGUCAACCACACUAUCAGCAGUUUUUCCAUAUUUUCAUGGAUGAUGAUUUCAUUUGUAAAUUAUUUAAACACCCUUGGUUGGCGCAUUAUAGUCUUUAUCAACUUGUCCUGAUUCAGUAUAGGGGGGCAGAAGACUGCUCUUAUCUUGAAAUCGUAAAGUGGGGUAGCAAUGUAUUUUGUUAUUGAAGCAGCUGUUAUUAUUUUCUGUUUGACACAAUACACCACCCUCCCUUUUUAUAUAUUUUUUUCUUUAUAGACAUAUUUUUAAUUUUUUUUAUGAAGUUUACUGAGACUUUCUAUCAGUUUGUUCCAUCACAAUACAACUGCCAUAGAUCUUUCUGCUUUAUUAUACAAAUAUUUGUGAAUAAUGAAGGAUUAAUGAUGUAAAUUAUUAUUAACUCUCUUAAAUAAGAGCACAUUUUAGCAAGUGGAUUUAUUAGAAGUAUUUAUCUGUAGAGACAUAUUGUAUAGGUGUCUGGAAACAUAGGCAAACAUGCAUAUUUACAAGAAGUUACAUUUUAUAGCGACGAAAAACAUCUUUAAUAUGAUUUCCGACAUUUAUGAUGCAAAUGUUGAUUAAUAUGGCAAACUUUACAUGAAAUCAAUGCAAUAUCUACACAUUCUAACUGCAGUGUUUACCAAAAAUUAAUUUUGCGGCCUGACACAAAUACAUUUGGGCCACCACAGGCGCUACCUGUUUGCCGUUGCUCAUAAACACAUAUUGGAAUGGCCUGUGAAUAGGCCAUUGGUCUUUACAACAAAGUACAAUAGUUAGCAGUAUGCAACGUAACAGCUUCUGAACACACCUCGUACACAAUUGGUCUGUUGGAGUAUAAGAAGAUGUACCAGUGUCAGCAACUUAGCAACUUUUGUUGCUAUAUUUAGUUGGUAUGCAGACCUCUCUCAAAGCAGUCACCAAUAUUAUUGGAGACUGCUUUGGGGCCCUACCCCAUCAAAACAAACACUAAUGGCUGUCUUGGUAAAAAGAAUACAAAAUGAGGCGACAGAACACAAUUUAUGUAUAUUUCUAAACAAAUUUACCAUAUUUUCUGCGCUAUAGAGCACACCAGUAUUUAAACCGCAAAUUUUAGACAAAAUAAAUGUUGACAUAUAUUAGCCGAACCGGACUACAAACAUAUAUACUGGUACAAAAUAUUUUGUAAAAGUAUAUUUACAUACCUUAAUUGUUUUUAAAAUGGUGCCUGUCACCAGGCAGUAAAACAGCUGAUCAAACAAAACAGAAGUCCUCGUCAGGGACCCACUAGCUGCGGAGGCUAGCUCUCCAAACAGCUAAACAGACUCAAUAACUCCACGGUGACGUCUUGGUGAAUUUAUGAAACUAAAACUAGACAAAAAGAAUGACAUUGUAAUUUGAUAAUACUAACACAAUGAAUGAAGAAUCCUUUCGAGCAGAGACUCUAUGAAUGAAUACUUCUCAUUAAAGGAACGAACCAGGAAGUACAUUUUCAACUCGAAGCACCUGCAGUGAGUGAACUCGUUCAAAAGAUGGCACCAUAGCACAAAAAAUAACACACCUUUUCAGUGUCGUGUGAAAACUAUUUGUUGAACACAAUACAUGGCUGUUAGCAAAGAAAAAUCCAUAAAUUAGCUGCACUGUUUUAUAUGCCGCAGGAUUCAAAGGGUGGGGAAAAAUUAGCGUCUUAUAGUUCGGAAAAUAUAGUAUUUAGAUUUUCAUAUGUUUGACCCUCACAUUUGUUCCCUCCAACUUCCAACUUUAUUCCCUGCUCCUGCAGCAUCCACAUUUUUUCCAAUUAAAAAACUCAUAGCAAUGUAUGUGUUAUGUAAUACAUGUUACUAUGGUACAAAUGAGUUAACUGUUCAUUGUAAUAACAGCUCAAUAUACUUUUUAACAAUGCUAAACAAAGUAAAAAAUAUAGAGCCCCCUUAAAACAAUUGAACAUUUCUCUAAAAUACUGAUGUAUUUUUACGUUUUGGAAAAAUUCAUGCAACUUUAAUAUUGUAAAUUGUUCAUCAUGGAUACCACUUAACCUUUAAGUGAUUCCAAUUACACUCUUGGCUGACAUAUCAUAGUUUUCACCGACUCCUCCUGCUUCAGUAUGGUGGGGAAUUGCUCUCCUUCGCCAAAUAACUGAUGACUUGACUUAAGAGAAUUAAUUACUCUAGAGUUGCCCAAAAACCUCGUUAAGAAUCAUCAUCAACAUCAUCAUCAUUUUUGUCAAAAAGCAAAGAAAUCCGUCUGGAUUUCAGAAAAUAGUGGUUUCCCAUUUCCAUGCGAUUUGUUGUUUAUACAACAGCUGUGUGCUGAAUGCAAGAAACACAUUCUGUCAAAAAAUAAACAUGGUCUUGGUUGCACACGUAACUGUUACAAAACUCUGGAGUGCUUUCCAGUCUUAGUUAAAACUGUGAACCAUAUUUACAUCGCAGUCAGUCCCAAAAAUUCAGAAAGUUCUAGAGUGGUUGUUGCAGAUGUCACUCCUAUUGAGAAACUUCAAACUGAGGAUAAUUCUAAAUAAAAAAAUUAAGAGAUUUUUUUUUAUUGAUAACUGCACUUGGAUUAAGUCACAGACCGAAACUGAGACAUUACAAAAAGAAUGCCAUUGUAAGUUAAUAAUACUAACACAGACACUCAUAAACGUGUUCGCAUAUUAGCAUUACAUUAGUAUGUACAAAUAUGCAUGAAAACACUCCUACAGACAUCAAACACGUGACGGUUUAGUGAGUAAGAAUUGUUUUAGUGAUAAUGUGAAACUUAUAAACAUUGUUUGGGGUGAUGAAUGAAGAAUCCACACGAGUAGAACCGCUAUGGACUGCUCGAAGACGCAACGGCAUUUUUGCUUCUGCUUGAAAUCUCAGUCUAAACCAGUGGUUCUUAACCUUGUUGGAGGUACCGAACCCCACCAAUUUCAUAUGAGCAUUCACCGAACACUUCUUUAGUGAAAAAUAAAAUGUUUUUUUUUUUCAAAUUCAAGACAAAGUUAUGUUUUUUUACUGGUGCACAAAAUUAACCGUGCAUGAACAUCACCUUGUUCAAAGAACAAAACCAACAAAGUGCAUGAACUCACAACAAAUUACACACCUUACACACAUUACCAUGAAUUGAUUAACGUGGACCCCGACUUAAACGAGUUGAAAAACUUAUUCGGGUGUUACCAUUUUGUGGUCAAUUGUACGGAAUAUGUACUGAACUGUGUAAACUGUACUGUUUCAUAUAAUGUAUUCUCUUCCUUUGCAAUCUGCUAGUAAAAGUUUAAAUCAAUCAAUCAAAAAACCUGCAAAUCAGAUGGAAAAUUAGAACGAACAUUGUUUGGGGGUAUCCAUAAUACGCUGAUAGGGAGAAGUUUUUAUUUACACGAUAAGUCGGAUGUGUCUUUACCUCCGUGGCGGAGGCUCCGCCGAACCCCUGAGGCCGACUCACCGAACCCCUAGGGUUCGAUCGAACCCAGGUUAAGAACCACUGGUCUAAACAGAAGGGCACUGCAGCACCUGCAGUGAGCGAUCUAGCUGGAACCCACGCAAGAAACGUUGUAUCAUGUUGUGGUAUCAGAGGACAGCAGAGUAGCACCCGUCGUCGUCGUCGUUGGCAGAUUCAUGUGCGUAAAGUUGACUAUAAGCAAUAUGUAAAUACAGUAUACACAAACUGGUGUUUCGGAAUUGGUUUCAAGGUCAAGCGACUAAGAAGUUCAUGAAUCCCCUUGGCCACAUAAUGACAUACAGUACUGUGCAAAAGGCUUAUUUAUUACUUUGAUUAACCUGUACGCAACAAUCACUUUGACAAGGUAAAUACAGGCAACAAUCCAGUAAAUCUUGUCGAGGAGCUUACAACCGACUAAAAAUGGAAUUUAUCAUUUCAGUUCGGAGCCUAACUGUCUUUUUCACGGUCCUGUAUGUUUAAAGUCAUUGGAAAUUCAUGUAAUGCCGUUUAAUACCGUACAAACAAGAGUUACGAUGAAAGGAUCUAUAAAAUAAAAAUAUGUACAUUGUUUUUAUUAAACUGGGUUAUACAUAACUGGUGUAUAACUGCUACCUCCUAGUGCAGCUGAAACGACACCCAGGUGACAAUAUGCAAAUAAAGAGACAGUUUAUGAGAUUUGAUAUGCAAAAAUAUUGACUUACAAAAGGUAUUAUGAUGAAGAAACUACAGUACUUCUGACAUGAUUGUUGCAUAUGUGAUUACAUACAGAUAUUUAACAAGAAUAAUAUUUAAUAGCUUUGAUGUGAACAUUUUGUAUACAAAAAAUGGCUGUUUUUUACACUUCAAUGUGGUAGGCGAAGAUGACAUUUUACAAUAUGUACAAAACAAAAUGUUAAUUUUUUUUGUGAAAAGUGUAGGGGAAAUGACAUUGGUGCUCGGUUUGUUAUUUUGCAGGAUUAUGCAUAAAUUUCGCAACCCAUUCAUCAUCAACAUCAACAUUGGUGGAUUAGAUUAGAUGAUUAGAAAUGAGAAAUAAUUCCUUUUAACAUCACUCUACAUGAACUGAAAGUAGCCUGUCAAGCAAUAAACUGACCGCUCCAGGAUUUGAUCUAUUCAGUAAAGGAAUUGAUUGCAUUUUUUCAAGAUCAUGAUGGAACCAUUCUUUCUCCUACAACACAUUGUAGGGUCCCGGUAUGCCAUGGAUGUCCAAAUGUUUUCCACCAAGGGUCGAUAAAGAACAAAGAAAAUGUGAUUUUGGCCCGUUUUGAUUCUCUUCAUAUUAACAUGACCAGUCAAUAUAAGCAGGUAAACAUCUGUAGCUGACUAUAUCCAAAAAGAAAGGCUAGCACUUUUUGUAAAUGUAAAUUGAUAAAUGUUCCUGAUUAUCCAAAUACUAUAUAAAUAUUAUACAGGCCAAUACAUUUUCUCAUUAGAUAUUUGUCAAAUUCAAAAAAGUUUAAUAAUAAAUACAAAUAGCAUUACUCAAGAAUUCCUGACUACUAGUCUAAAGUCUUCUAAUUGUAGAUGGACUACCAUAUUGUUUUUAUUUUUUACAACUUUAUUAAAACGAUUCUUGAAUACCCAAGGCCAAUAGGCCAAUACUUCUGUUUUUACAUGUUUUGUGUGCAUAGCAAACUUUUUUUUUUCUUUUCUUGUAAUGAAUUAUCCUUGGUAGUAUUCUGGUGGAGACUGUUAAAUGUUAUUCUAUCCAAAUGUUGUAUUUUUUGCCGCUGCAUUUGAGACCGAGUUUGUGAAUUUUGGGCUUUUCAACUAUGCUACUGUAGCUAGCGUGCCAGCAGAAUGUGUGGAUUCUUUGUGACACCAUGGGGACAUGCUUCAAUAGACUGUUGCUAAAGUGCUAAAUGACAAUUUGAUAUGCAACAUGCUACAACUAGCACAUCGAUUCUAUUAUCAUAAAGUCAAACAACUUGUUUCUCAGAACUGUGUAAUGGUUUUCUUUUCAGUUUCAAUUCUGAAUCCUUCUUGCUAAUAUUUGAAAGGAUGCAGACUGUUCAAUUUGUUUUUUUUCUCCUUUUUUUAAUUUCAAAUUAUCACAAAUAUUGCACAGUUUAUUUUGAAUGUUGUUGUUUUUUUGGCAAUAUCAUCAUACAGUCUAAGAAAUUACACAGUCAGUUGCAAGAAGAAUAUUCAGACAGCUUUUGGAGGUUUGAUAAUAAGAACAAAUAAUAAUUUCUUCAUGAAGUACACUGAAGAACAACUGUUACCUGCUGCUAACCCCUCACUGGAAACACUCACAAUAUCAAGUACAUAUUUCUCAUUUCUAUUCAAAAUAUCCAAACAAACUUAAUACAAGUUACAUUCCCCUUAACAGUAUUUUUUCAGGGAGACAUAAGAACUUGUUUUUAGGCAAUAGAUCUCCUGAGGAAAAACAUGCUACUUUUAAGCAUCACAAGAUCCAUGUAAGACACAAAUCAUCACAAUACUAAAAAGUAUAGCUAAUAAGUUUUAAUCGAUAAUUUCCUUUUUCAAUAAAUCAGUAUAGCUACUAAGUUUUAAUUGCUAAUUUGCUUUUUCAAGAAAUCUUACCAAGACAAUUUUGACUUGUUCCAUUGGCAGAUUUGUUUGCUCAUUACAAGCAAAAAUAUCUUGAAAUGAGCAAAAAAAAAUAAAAAAAAUCUGCCAAUGGAACAAGUCAAAAUUGUCUUUGUAAGAUUUCUUGAAAUUAGCAAUUAAAACCUAUUAUUAGCUAUAGUUUAUUAAGUUUUGUGUCUUGUGAAACGUAGUAUUAUCCCCCCCAGAUCUAUUGCCUAAAAACAAGUUCUUAUGUCCCACUGAAUAAUUACUAUUCAUGGGAUUGGAACAUGUAUUAGGUUUGUUUAGAUAUUUUGACUAAAAAUGAGAAAUGUAUGCUUGAUGAGAGUGUGAGUUUUUGCAGUGCUCCAAGAUACACAAAAUAACGCACAAUCAAUACUUGUUGUACUACCUUGUAUUAGUUGUAUUUCAUUGGUUGAAAGGGCUCUGUAUCAAUCAAGGAGUUUGACUUUGGGUGCUUGAUCUAAAUGAAAAAAAGUAGGAUUUUUUUCAAUUUUAUAAACAAUGUGUGGCCCGGGGGCCAUUUUCAGCAUAAAGUUGUUGUUUUUUUAAUUAACGUCUGCAUAUUGUAAAAAAAAUAUAUAUAUAUAUAUAUAUAUUAGUGACAAACAUUAUUUGAUAUUGCACUAAUGUCCUUGUCACCUUCAACACAAAUCCGUGAUGUGGAUGUUUUGUUCAGAUAUAUUUGCAUCUCCAAUAAACAAAAUGCAUCCUUAAAUUUGACUUUAUGAGGCCCUCUGUGCAAAAAGUUUGGACAUCCCUGUUGUGAAGCACUAUUCAUUUUUCUAUGUGUUUUCUUUUGACCUGCAUUGUGGAUUGGGAUGUCCAUUUCCAAUUUCCACCAAGAUGAGGACAAAUCCUAACCAUUUAUCAGGUCAUUCAUUGUCUUUGUUCCCUGGUGUAGGUAUGGACUCGCACAGUAAUGCAUGUCUUAAUUAUUGUAUGUACAAAUUGUUUUUUCUGUUCUUGGAUACUAACACGGGUCUUUUUAUGUGGUGUUUUCCUCAGUUACAGUAGGUUGAAACCUUCUAUUAAUGGUGCUAUAUAUAUAUAUUUGAUAAAAAUGGCUACAUGUAUUGGGAUCACCAAAUAAUGUAAGUUGAAAAUUAUUUUGGAUACAAAUGUGCAUAUAAAACAUGAGGUACAUUAUUCAAAGUUUGUACAUGUCAUAUUGCUUCUCUGGUUUGAUACAUUUGUGUUUUGAUAGUGGUUAAAUAAAACAUGUGUGAAUCAUUAUAUUGUUUACAAACCCUUUCUGCAUGGCCGUGAAAAUUUUUGUGGUGAUUUUGGUCAUGUUUACCUUUUACAUUGAAUAAAAUACUGACUUCUAA